AUGCUCAUGCAGGAUGAGAAUGAACCUGAUGAAUUCCACGGACCAAAUGCCACCCACGGACAAGAUGAUACUAGCGCUGCCGAUGUAUUGUUCCCGGGGCACGAUGAGACCGAGAAACGUUCACCGCCGAUUUUGGAGGUUUCGAGCAGUCGGUCUUCUUCAGGAAAAUCGCAAAUGCUGUACUAUUUAACUGCUAUUGCCAUUCUGCCUCGAGAGUACGGUGGCUUCGCAGUCGGCGGCCACGAGGCGGCUGUAGUCUUCAUAGAUACCGAUGACCGGUUCGAUGCAGAACGACUACGCCUCGUAGCUCGAGGUAUACUCCAGAACCACAUGGCAGUGAUAUCGUCCAAUGUUCGAGAACAGUUGACUGAGAGGCCAAGUCAUCAAGACGAGGAAGCGCUGCUUGUCUCAUCUCUCCAGCAUGUUCAUGUUUUCCGUCCACAGUCCUCAGCCGCUCUGCUAGCCACCUUACAUUCGAUCGGCCCUUACCUUUUUGAUCUGUCUCGGCAUCGCUCUUCUUCGCGCCCUCUACAGAUGAUUGCCAUUGACAGUACUACGGCAUUCAUCCGGCAAGACCGGCUGCGGGACGAAGUGGCCCGCACAGAGGAAAUCGGGCGUUCUCGAGAAGAGAUUGAAAGUGACCGAGAGAACCAGUGCAGAUUCUCAUUGCCGGUUCUGUAUGAGCAGCUGGCCAAGCAAUUGAAGCAACUCCAGAGCCAAUUCCACUGCUCGAUAGUUUACACGUCAGUGGUUUCGGGUGGUCGACCUGCUAGUGAUCUAUAUGAGUCUCAAUCUCGAUUCUCGACAUUGAAGCCAGCUCUUCCUGCGCCCUGGGGCACUUUGCCGACACUGCGUUUGAUUUUGCACAGGUCCACUGUUCGUCCUUUCCCACCUAGUAUGGCACCUCAUGCAGCGGUCCAAGAUGCUCCUUCGCGACAAAAAGUGGUCCAACAAGGCAAGAUUGCCGCCUGGGUGAAUGAAUGGGACCGUGAUGGUUGGCCUCGUCGAGUAGUGGAAGCUGUCGAGGCAAGUAACGGAGGAAGCUUUUCGUUCUAUGUGCUUGAAACAGGAGUUGAGUUUGAUUAUCCUGAUGAUUGA